AGUCAUUUGGACCAUAUUCGAAUUAUUCGCAUCCAGUACAAGACUAGAAACUUCACAGUUCACCCACCACAAGGUUCCGAAAAUUAGGGCCGGGCCCAGUCAAAGUCCAAUUCUGUGGACACAGCCGUUGAGCCCUUGUAGUACAACAAACAAAACCGCCAAUCACCACCAUUCUCCGUCACACAUUCCGAUCAACCUCCACCCUCCCGUAACCGUUACAACCUGCAAUGGCGACGAUCAAUUUACGCACUCCUGGAAUCUCACCGGCGCUGAAACCGGACGCCGACCGUCGCCUUUCGUCCGCGAAAAGCCUCAACGGAUCGUCGCAAUCGGUUCACGAAUUCGUUAAUUUGAAUCCACAGCAACAACGUGUUCGGAAAUCCGUUAGUUCGGUUGCGGUUAAGUCGAUGAAGAUCGUUGGACAGAGUUAUGAACCGGUGUUUUCUCCCAAUGGUCCUGUUUCUCUGUCUAGUGAUAGCAGUUUAAGGCCACCUCAAAUUUCUCCAGAUGCUCAAAGGAAAACAAAGAUCGUGUGCACAAUCGGUCCUUCAACAAGCUCACGUGAAAUGAUAUGGAAGUUGGCUGAAACAGGGAUGAAUGUGGCGCGUCUAAAUAUGUCACAUGGGGAUCAUGCAUCACAUCAAGAAACCAUUAAUCUUGUCAAAGAAUACAAUGCUCAAUUUAAUGAAAAAGUUAUAGCAAUAAUGUUGGAUACCAAGGGACCUGAGGUCAGAAGUGGAGAUGUACCUAAACCAAUUUUUCUUCAAGAAGGACAAGAAUUUAAUUUCACUAUUAAAAGAGGAGUCAGCACAAACGACACUGUUAGUGUUAAUUACGAUGAUUUUAUAAACGAUGUCGACCCUGGAGAUAUACUAUUGGUUGACGGUGGAAUGAUGUCAUUGGGUGUUAAAUCGAAGACCAAAGAUGUAGUAAAAUGUGAAGUAAUUGAUGGUGGAGAACUGAAAUCAAGGAGGCAUCUUAACGUGCGUGGGAAAAGUGCCACUUUGCCUUCAAUAACAGAUAAAGACUGGGAAGAUAUAAAGUUUGGAGUAGAUAACCAGGUUGAUUUCUAUGCUGUUUCAUUUGUGAAGAAUGCUGAAGUGGUUCGUGAGCUGAAAGAUUUUCUCAAAAGCUGCAAUGCUGACAUCCAUGUGAUUGUCAAAAUUGAAAGUGCAGACUCAAUAGUUAACCUUCCUUCUAUACUUGCUGCAUCCGAUGGGGCAAUGGUUGCACGUGGUGACCUUGGUGCAGAGCUUCCAAUUGAAGAAGUUCCUUUACUGCAGGAAGAUAUCAUAAGAAGGUGCCAAAACUUGCAGAAACCAGUUAUAGUAGCAACAAACAUGCUAGAAAGCAUGAUUGAUCACCCGACCCCAACAAGAGCCGAAGUUUCUGACAUUGCAAUAGCCGUACGGCAAGGUGCUGAUGCUAUCAUGCUUUCUGGAGAAACUGCCCAUGGCAAGUUUCCACUGAAAUCUGUGAAAGUAAUGCACACUGUGGCAUUAAGGACUGAAUCAAGUUCAAUCAACAUGGUUCCCCUUGCUCGGAAAUCUGCUAAAAAGAGCCAUAUGGGUGAGAUUUUUGGCUACCAUGCUGCAACAAUAGCCAACACUCUCAACACUCCUAUCAUCGUGUUUACAAGAACUGGGUCCAUGGCUGUAAUUUUAAGCCAUUACCGUCCGUUUUCAACCAUCUUUGCCUUCACAAAUGUAAAAAGAGUUCAACAAAGAUUGAUGCUUUAUCAUGGUGUUAUGCCAAUAUACAUGGAGUUCUCUGAUGAUGCUGAGGAGACCUUUUCUAGAGCUCUUAACAUUAUAGUGGACAAGAGUUUGGUGAAGGAAGGGCAGUAUGUUACUCUUGUUCAAAGCGGAGCCCAACCAAUUUGGCGUCAAGAGUCUACUCACCACAUACAAGUUCGUAUGGUUCAAGGUUGACUCGCGAGUUUUCUGAAGGCCAGAGUAACUUGCAAUAACUAUUCAGUUCUUCUUUCUGGAUAUUAGAUUUUGUUGUACAUUUAUUCGUUAGAAAGUGUUUUUGGCCUCCAUCAAAGAACAAAAGAGAAGACAAGAUAGUUUUUUUUUUUUUUUUUUUUCUUUUUGAGUUUAUACUUGUUGAAAACCAACCAGUUGUCAUUUUCUACGUUGAUCUUUAUCCUGUCUUUUUUGUUAUAUAUAAUGCAGUUCAAUCA